AUGUUCGACAUGCUAGACUCUGAACGCCAGGGCAGGGUUUUAGAAAGCGAUCUCUUCAAACACUUUCUUCCCCUCCUGGAGAAGACGGGCCUUUCUGGUCCACCGAGGAAAGAGUCAACGGGGCGGAGGAAGUCGUCAGUGAAAGGGGGGCCAAAAAGGAAUUCUGCCGCAAGUGCCGAUGGCUUGAAUCGAACGUUAUCUCCAGGAUACCUUCGAGAACGGCCUUCCAAAUUCUGGGUCACUCCGGAGCACGGCGGGGGCGGCGAUCCUCCUGCUUCUGGUCCAUUCGCUCCCCUCCAAGACCGGGUGGAUCCGGUAGAGAGCCGGACUGCUUCUGGUCCGCUCCCUCCUCUCGAAGACCGAGUGGCACCGAUAGAGCUCGGCGUGGAACGCAACAAUGAAACGAAGAACGUGAGCGGUACAAAGGGAACCAGCCACCACCAGACCGAAAGUGAGCAAGGAAAAGAAGCAACAGUCACCACCGGUAGGGCGGAAAAUGGCACGAACCGGCAGGCAGAGGAGCAAGCCGGAGGUACAUCAGGAGCGGCGACCGAGGAGGCUAAAGAAGCUGUCGCCUCUGGAGAUUCAGAUGCUGAACCAGCGGUAGAUCCGUUGGCCGGCAAAGACGUUCUAGAGUGGACGGCGGCUGACGUGCGGACGUGGAUCCGGGCGCUGCCCCGAGGUUUGGCGACUUUCGCGGAGGCGGAAGCCUUUGCGAAGGGUCGAGUGGAUGGGAAGAAGCUUGCGACCCUGACGCUUUCGGACAUCAAGCGCAAAGAGUUUCGUCACGCCAAGUUCAAGGCUAAGAUACCCACGGCACUGUGGGUCGAGAUCAAACGGAUUCAGCAGACCGUACCUACCCCCGUCACGGCGGUGACGGUGGCGGCGGUAGCGGCCACCACCGCAGCGGCGCUGCCUUCACGUUUUUCACCGGGGCAAACAAUCGUGGACGAGGCCGUCAACACACCCCUUUGCACUGUGAAGCAGUCCGUCGGCCAGGGGGCCUUUGGGGAGGUUUAUCAGGUCGUUUGGACGGGGAUCGGGUCAGACAGGGGUUCGACCCUGGCCAUGAAGACUGUGCGCCUGGCGGAUAUAAGCUCGGAUGAGCGAGACGAGUACCGAGUUCUUCUCGUGGAGGAGAUCCUGGCGGCGGUGCGCGUGAAGCCCCACCCAAACGUCGUUAACGUACGGUUUGCGCACAUCAUGGGGUUCUGCAGCGAAAACGAGGAAUACUUCUGCUUUGAGGACUUCGUGACCGGCAAGAGCCUCGAGGAACUUGUCGCAGAGGGCGAGGGAGAGCUGUACGAUGGAACCCCGGCCGAGGAUAUUAAAUCAGCGAACAUUAUGGUGAGCAACGACGCGGGACUACUCAUCACAGACUUCGGCUUCGCCACCGUGGGGCAGUUCGGCCCACCACCGCAACUGCCGGCUGAAAAGUCGACCGCGGUUCCCGCCAUCGCCUCCACCGCUGCUGGGGUAGAACCAGUGGGAGAAGGUUUGGAAAAAGGAUGUGGUUGCGGCAAAUCUUCCCCUUCAGGAAACCCUCAAAGUGGUGUCGACACGGGAAGUGGCAACGAGCCUGAGGUACCAUCCGGGUGGAUCCCCGGCUACAGCGAGUCCGGAGGACCCCAUACCUCAGCCAGUGGAAACAGGUGCUGCGGCAGCAUGGAACGGGACAUGAGUGCAGCCGAAGGCAGACAGGAGGCUAGGACGGCCGCGGGUGGUUCUGCCGAGCAAGCCCAGGUACAGCAUUCCUGCCCCGUAGUAGGGACAGGGGCGGGGCCACCCGUGAUCACAAAAGUGAGCCCAGCAACGGCUGCAGCCGAGCCAGCAGGUAGGCGAUCCCCGCUAGCGGGGAACGGUGGCGGCCCCGGCGGUGCUGGGAAAGAAAUCAUGGACGGAAGCGGGGGGGGGUCGGGGCUUUUGCAACAAAAUGGCGAUGGCGGAAGGCCGCCGAAUCGAGACAGCGUUCUCUUAGGUACCCUCAAAGGGUACACACCAAGAUACCAGUCCCCGGAAGUUAGCGCAAUCAUGAAAAAGAAAGAUGAAGCGGCGGCGGCGGCGGCGGCGGCGGCGGCGGCGGCGGUGGUGCAAGAAGGCGGCCGAUCGAUGAAAAUCGGAGCCCAACAGCACCCACCCGCAUCACGGUCGGAGAAGAAUCACGACACGGUCGACGCGUGGCGUUCCCAAUUUUCCCACCGGAGCGACAUGUGGGCGGCAGGGGUCGUAGUGCUCGAGAUGUACGCGGGCGGUCUGGGGAACCUGCCGGCAGGCCAGGGCGAAAAUGCCCUCGAACUACUUGAAACCCUGGUUCGCAAUACCGUCGGGCACGACGGUGGGCGUAGAAACUGUGCAAGCGCAGACGGAGAAGAUAAGACCAAGAAAGGGCGAGACACGUUUCUGGUGGAUAUGCCGGAGGGGGUGCUCGCGGUUUUGCGGGAAGUUUUCCAGCGAACGGCUGGAAACCGACCGUUUUCAAUGGAGGCGUUGGCGGCACGCCUUUCUGAAACCCUUGGCGGCAUGCUGGAGAAAAAGCUCGCCGUUGUUCCGUGCCCUUCGGCCGGGGCCCCCUCGUCUUCCUCGCUGUGCGAACAGGCGCCGGUCUACGUCGAGUGUGACGAGAAUCACGCCAAGGUGGGGCGCCUGCAUAUGUGGCUUGGGAAAGCCCUCUUCUUGAAGGGCGACGACCGGCGCGAGCAGGCUCUGCAGGAGUACCGGGAGGGCGUGAGGGUACUGCUAGAGAGCGAAGCCGAACGACGGUCACCGAGCAUGGCUCUCUUCCGUUGGUACCUGGGUAAAGCUCUGCUGGAGAAUGGCGAGAUCGACGAGGCCCUGCCCCACCUCGCAGAGUCGGUUUCGAUAGACCCAGAAAAUGCCAAGUACCGCCACACCCUCGGCCUGGCCAAGUGCGUCACGGGUGACGAGGCCGGAGCACGGGAGGAUCUCCUCGAGGCAGCGCUACUGGACGAGGAGGACGCAGAAGAUCGGUACCAGCUCCGCAUGCACCGCAUCGACGAGAAGCGGAGAAAAAGCGCAGAGGAGGAACAGCAGCGCGUUUCACGGUCAUUGCAAGAGUCUGAGGGGGCUGGCACGCCGCAGGGAGCGGCGUCCCCCAAGCCAGGCGAUGCAGAGGAAAGCGGUACGCCCCUGGCGGCGACGACACCAAGUGAUGAGCCUACCGCCGCAAUGUCCGGCUUUGCUCAAUCGCGCCUCCUGGCGCUUGAGAGGGCCUCUUCCUCGACUCGCACCUAUGCCCUCGAGAACCUCAGCGACUACCGGAACCAUAAAUUGGCGGGCAAACUGAUCGGCGACACUUGGGGAAGUGGCGGGGGGGUGGCUCACCCCAUCGAUUACUCUUUUGGGGAUAAGAACACCCGAGAUGCGGCGACUCUUGCCGAGGUCCGGCGGUUCUCUGUCGGAGACGAAAUUGUCGGGGGGCCAGACAUCUCCGCUUCUGGAAAACCGCUAGAACCACUACACUGUUGCGGCUUCUCUUCUCCGUACGAUGACACGCGUGUUGACACGGAAGUCGACGGAAGGUUUGUUAUCUGCGGUCUCUUGUCCCCAGGACAGGCUAGCCUGCAUAUUCCGGGAGAAGCGUACACGGCGACGAGGUCGACGACGAACCGUUGUCGGCAACAGCCAGACGAGUGCAGCAGGUCUUACCACGUAGUCCACGUUCGGUUCGAGACCGGUAACACUACGCAGGCUGCUAGUCCUAUGUCUGCGACCCCCUCAGUGGCAGAAGCCAUAACGGGGGAAAUUGGUGACAAUCACCUUGGAACGAUUGACGAAAGACAGGGCAAGGUUCGCAGGGCCGGCACCGAGGCGACGGUAGGCCCGGGGGCGGGGUGUUCUUCCGGUGUCACCGGCGGCAACAAGACCGGCAGGUCUUUGUCGUCGUCGCGAAGCAUAUCGCCAACGAAUCGUCUCGCUCUUCUGAGCUCAACCCGCUGCAAGCGAGAGGAGGAGUACGUCCCAAUGCUGAAGGCGACGGGGCGGGCGGCGAUGGUGGGUUUCCACGCGCAGCUGGCGGGAGCGGUGCGGCAGCUGAGGUGGGAGGCUUGCGACCUCACGCUUAUCGCCGAUGACCUUCCCGGUGCGUGCUUGACGCUACGAGAGGCGUGCACGUCCGGCAGUCUGUACCGGGGAACCGGGAUAGGGACUAGCAGCAGCAGCAGCCGCGGUCACCACGCGACAAGGGACGAUCAGCGAGUGAACGCGCCGGUGGUGGUGGACAGAAUCUUGAAGCUUGCGAAGCAAAUGGCCGCAGCGAUUCUGCACUGCCACCGCAAAGGGGUUCUUCUGCGAACUACCACCCCUGACAACGUGCUCGUGACACCUGAGUGGGACGCUAUUCUCCGCCCGAACUACUCUCACGCGUAUGAGGCGCAGAGGUGGACAACCGUUUCCGUUCGCGCUCAGCAACAACAACGGCAGGCCCCCACGCGGUCCGGUGCUAACCUGGAUAAACUGCUUGCCGCUCCAUUCACAAACGCCACAUCUUUGGACUAUCAGAGCCCGGAAAUAGCGCAAAUGCGGAGCGAGAACGAACCCCGUCAGAGGGUUUCAGGUCGAGCGCAACGGCGUUCGGCGGCGUUGACGGGCACAGGUGUUCAAGAAGAACGACCGCGUUCGAUGUCUUCCCCAACCCGCAGCCACCCCAGCAUAAGCCCCGAGCAUGCCACUACAAGGGGGCGCGCACAGAGCCGAACUGACUACUACGUCGCGGGUGGUGCUGCGCACUCAGCAACUGCUGACAAGGAUCAGCAACAAACGGACGCCAGUAAGCGGGGAAGGACGGGGAGGCGUAGUCUCGGUCGCCGGCAAGGAGGGGCUGCCGCAGACGACACCGGCGAGGACGCACAACCCUCGUCCCCCUCCUCGGUGUCGAGAGGUACCGGUGCGGCCGCGGGCGGUGGACAGCCGAUGAUCACGGCUUGCGAGAGCGACAUCUGGGCGUGGGCGUUGAUGGUCCUGCAGAUGUUCUCCGACGACGUGUGGCCCCCCGGUAGCGGCCAGAUUCGCGCUUUCAAGAUAGAUGGGCCGCACAUGCUGGUGCCCACGUGCCGUCGAGAUAUUGUCGAGAAACUAGGGCUUUUCAUCACCGAUGGAGAGCUGUCCUGCAAGCUCUGGGACAGCAUUGCCGGGGGGCUGCAGCGGUGGAGCAUGCCGUUCUCUCUGGCGCAGGUUUUACGGAGGUGCCUGGCUGACAGCCCGAAGGACCGGUAUUCAAGCAUGGAAGAAGUUUGUAGGCUUCUCCGCGGGAUCGCGGCAGGCGAUGGUGGACGCGAUGAUGAGGCUUCCGCGGUAUCAGCGGCGAGCGACUACAGCUGUGACGAAAAUGUUGCAUCCGACAGAGUGCGCACGGGCAUGAUUCUCAACGACAUCGGGGUGUGCCUGAGCAGCAAAGGCGAGACCGAGGAAUCGGAGCGGUACUACAAGAUGGCCCUGCUUUCGAGCGAAGAUGUCUUCGAGGCGUACUACAACCUCGGCCUGCUAUAUAGCACAGCGGCGUUUAACAAGUGA